AUGGCGGCGGUGGGCGCCGUUGUGGACGCCGUCUUCGGCUCGUACGACGUCAAGAACGCCAAGCAAUGGCGUGACGAGGACCUGCUACACCGCGAGCAGGAAAAGCAGUGGCGCGAGGACUCUAUACAGCGCGAAUAUGAAUGGCGGCGCGCCGAUCUGGAGCGAGAGCGACGGGUGGUAAAGCUCGAGAACGAGAAGCGCAUUAUCGACGCGCGGCAUCGACAGCUCGUGACCGUCUCGCAGAUGUCAGCGCUGCUCGCAGGCUUUACAAUGUCUACGAUCGUGGAGGUGCAGAUAGCGGACGCCACAAGCCAGCCAGUUAUGAUCCUGUACGGCGCCGUGUGCUGCUUAGAGUUUAUAUGCAUGUUGAUGUGCAUGCUGACGUGCAUGGCGCUGCUGCUGGCACUCACGCGGUUCGUGACGCAUACGCUAGAGGGCGAGGUACACGCGCUAUCAUCGUUAGAACUGGACGUGGUUUCACCUUUCUACGGCUGGUGGCUCAGCAAAUGCGAACGCGAAUGGAUCAUGGCUUACCGUCUCUUCCGAAGUGGGCUGUCAUUAUUCCUCACGCAGGUGGCACUACUAGGCUGGGCAGUCUUUGGCGAAUGGGUAGCAGCCGCAUCCUGUAUGACGGCGCUCUGUGUGCUCGCGCUCGCGUACUUGGAGCUGCGCGUUGCCAGUCGAUGGAGAUAUCUCUGGAGGUUUCCGGAGUCACACGCACCCGGAUCACCCACAGCUACAGCAAGGAGGUCAACAGUCGAAGCGCCGCCAUUAACUCCAUAG